AUGUCCGCGAGGGUGGACAGUACGGCCCCCCACGUCGGAGCCAAUGCCUCCCCCCCGAAAGAGUUCACGUUUCGCUCGACGAUUGCGCUGAUCGGGGCCUUUAUAUCCCUUUUCUGCACGCUGGGGUUUCAGAAUGCCUUUGGGGUCUUCCAGGAAUUCUACCAUGCUACCAUCCUGCGCGAUCAUUCCGAGUUUAAUAUCGCCUGGAUUGGCACCCUGUUGACCUUUAUAAUCUUCGCCUUCGCGGCGCCGGCGGGCGUGCUAGUGGAUCGGCCGUCUUCCGGCGGUUACAUCCGCUCUGUCGAAAGCUUCGAGCCUAAGGUUGACUUCACUAUCAAAGCAGGACACGAAUGGUUCUGUGUCGACGCCGAUAAGAAGUUCGGGCGCCUUUCCAUCUCUGCCAUCGCUGCUGAUACCGAAGGUCAGGCUGAAGUCAUUACUGACGUUAAUCGUAUGCGGGUUGAGACCGUGCACGAGCCCUAUAAGCCUCUCGAAGGUAUGAUGUUUGCUUCCAGUCAGCACUUUGUUAACGACGAGAAGAUGGGCAACAUGAUUGCCGAGCUCCGACUCUCGCGAUUCAUUCCUGAUUCGGGGUACCAGCAACACACUUUAAAGAGCCGUAAAAUUUUGGAACAGUGGCUCCUCCCUAGCCGCCGCGCCGAGGCCUAG